AUGAACCGCCGCCCAAGCCCAAAAACCACCACCGAGCUCAUCGACAGCGGCGCCCUCUUCCAAGUCGUCCACUCCAACGACGAUGAGAAAUUACUGGCCUUUCCGUGCAUCAUCAAAUGGUGCGAAGAGUCGUACGGCGAGCUGACCUGCUUCCUGUCGCUCUACAAAUGGGAGGGCGUUUGUUAUAGGCUGAUGUUCAACGAGCAAACGGUCUUCGGCGAGAAUUGUGAGGCCGGCGAAUUCUCUAAGAAAUACUUGCCCGGGGAUCAGUUUGUCGCCUACGUGCCGCUGGCGUCGGUGUCGAGUUUUGGAAAAGAACGGGCGACAUUGCGAGAAACCUGCGAUGCCCAGCUGGUUUUGGCCUCGCACUUGACGACGGAUUUGAUUAUAUCUUCCGAAUCGCAGCGCCAACUGGAACCCGUCGAGUGCCGGCUGAUCAGAGGCGAUGCUGAAGCGUCAUAUUUCGAAAGCGUUUUGCAGAGUCAACACUGCAAAACCAUUUUCCCGCUUCAACGGUGCAACCUCGGCCGCGAGGAGGUCAUGAGCGCCGGGGAUUCACUAGCGCCAGGAUUUCCGAUGCCCCCACAUAAAUGCCUGGACGAGCUGUCGGAUUGUGUGGUGCGAGGGUACCGCGUGAAGAUGCCCGCCUGGCUGCAGCGGCUCAAUCGGGAUUUCACCAAGAACGACUGGCUCCUCGUUGAUUUUGAGCUUCCUGGAGACGUCACGACGGUCAAUGCUUCGCUGGUCGACGUGACGACGGCCAAAUCUUCAUUUAAUCGCCGCAUCAGCACGAUGAAGUUCAUGGCGGACGGCGGCAAGCAUAAGACGCCGUUGACAUGGUCGGAAGAGGGGAAUGUCAUCCCGAAAUUUAUGGACGAUCGAUUCCAGACAAACGAAAACUCGUUCACGCUGCUGUUGACGAAGGGGUUCGGCAAAUUUCCGUACAAAGUCCAAAAAUGGAUCUACCCGGGCGUCGAGAUCGAGCCGGGCAGCAGCACGAAGCAGGCCCUGGAAAAACUGGCGCAGCACAACGACUCGAACGUGCCGAUUUAUGAGGGAAGGGAGGACGGCACGUUUCGCUUCAAGGAGAAGAUGCCGGCCGGGCUGCAGCCCGCAGAUUUGGCCCACUCAUUUUCGGCGGACGGCCCGAAGAAGCCCGGCUCGGCCAGCGUUGAGGAGCCGGAAAUGAUCAAAAUAAACGGCUUCGAGACGUCGAUCUUUGAAGAGCGCACACAACAGUCGAUUUUGAAAGAUGUCCUCCACCAAAAAGCAACUUGUUUACCGGCGGAUCCGAGUUAUUUCUACGAUUUCAAAGGAGCCCCACCCUACCACACGACCAGCCUGCGAUGGCGUACUUUUAUGGACUCCUCACUGCAUAAUGAUAAGCGCCUAAUCGAAAUAAUCACCGUCGCCCGGCAGCAGCUCAGCAAGGACGCGAAGCUGUUGCAGUGCGGCUUCAAGUCGAGGAUUCUGUGGGAGGCUCUUUUCAUGGAGUUGAGCGGCCGAGAAACGCUGACGCGAAGAGAUGUGCGCGACGCUGUCCACCAGGCCAUCCUCGAAAAGGUGCACGCCCACGGCGAAGUGCAGAAAGAAGUCGAUGAACAGGCCAAGGCAGCAAAUGAAGCUGCCGCCCUCGAUCACUACUACGAAACGCAGCACGAGCGCGUUCUGAAGCGGCUUCGCGAAUUGCCGCUUCCGGCUGAUGGGUUCUGGCCCAUCCUACGCGCCGAGACGGCGAGGCCCGCUCCAAGCGAACUACCAUCGGAUUGU